AUGGCCCCAGGCCCCAGUCCCCAGGCCCCAGUCCCCAGGCCCCAGUCCCCAGUCCCCAGUCCCCAGGCCCCAGGCCCCAGGCCCCAGGCCCCAGGCCCCAGUCCCCAGGCCCCAGUCCCCAGGCCCCAGGCCCCAGGCCCCAGUCCCCAGGCCCCAGGCCCCAGUCCCCAGGCCCCAGGCCCCAGUCCCCAGGCCCCAGGCCCCAGUCCCCAGGCCCCAGGCCCCAGCUCUCUGGCGUCUAUGGGGACCAUCAUACUCAAGUGUAAAGACCUGAGGGAGAUUCAGCUGGACAUCCCUGGCAUGGAGGAGUGCCUCAACAUCACCAGAUCAUUACAACUGAGACCCACCGUACCCCACCGUACCGCACCAUACCCCACCGUACCCCACCAUACCGCACCAUACUCCACCGUACCCCACUAUACCCCACCAUACCCCACCGUACCCCACCAUACCCCACCGUACCCCACCAUACCGCACCAUACUCCACCGUACCCCACUAUACCCCACUAUACCCCACCGUACCCCACCAUACCCCACCGUACCCCACCGUACCGCACCAUACCCCACCUUACCCCACCAUACCCCACCGUACCGCACCAUACCCCACUCUCUCUCUGA